AUGACAUCUCAGAAUACAUUUGAGUACGAGGUGACAUCCACGUCUCGCCAAUCUCCAAGUUUUGCGUACACCUCACCUGAAGAAGGCCAAUUUCAUAACCAGAGAUAUAAACGAAAUUACCAAGCAUGUUUAAACUGUCGAGUUCGCAAAGUGAAGUGCGAUUUGGGACCGGUGGAUAAACCACAUGAUGGUAAAUGUGCACGUUGUUUAAGAGAAAGAAAAGAUUGUGUAUUUGUUGAAAGCAAACGUGGUGGCUCAAGCAAUGUUAUUAGCGGGAAGCGUAAAAAAAAAAAGUUGGGGUUAGAUAAGGGAGAAGAAGAGGUAAAUGUUGAUAGUAAGAGUCAUUUUGAGGUGGAAGCACCACCACUUGCAACGUUACAGCCACCACCAGCACCAUCAGUACCGCCAGCACUACAGGCGUGCGAACAAGUAUAUGAGAGAACUAAAGCAGCACAGAAUGUGACCUCCAGCGGCAAUCGAUUCCAGAUCACGCACCCCCUACAAUCUCUACCUGGUGUGAAUAGUAUUUUAGGACAGAAUAUGAAUGAAACGCAUACAAGUCAGAAUAUUCCUUCAACUAACGUACAGUCGUCUACAAGAAUACUUCCGCCUAAUUUAUCCACUACACCACCCCCACAGCAGGUAGUACACCUGCAGCCACAGCAACUGCAGCCACAACAACAACUACCACCACCACCACCACCACCACUAACGCAAACACCAAAGGAAAAUUCGAUAAAUAAAAACCAGGGAGGUAAUUUUUCAACAAUGGAAGGCGCCUUGGUCUUUUUGGCCAGUGCAGCUGGCAAGAUUGCAAAAGCAGACGAGAGAGAUAACAUAGAUGCUCAAACUAAAUAUGAACAAAUUGAAGCUAUUUCCGAGUCUAAUAGCCAUCGAACGAGUGUUGUUGAAAAUACAGGAUAUGAAAGAGAGUCAGAGGCUAGUUCUGCUCACCAGAUGACCGAGAAUGACACAGAAGUUAAGAAGCAAUCUCAGAGUUCAAACCGCAUGAAACUGAAUUACAAGUCAAGCAUUCCUCCCUACAUGAAUCCAGCAACUACAAAGAGAAUGAUUAUACCUGCAGCGGAAAACGGAUAUGCUGUUCGACCUAGAGGUGCAAACAAAUUAUCUAAUAUUGAAUAUAUCGGACCUGCACCAGAUGGUAUUCUUACUGAAAAAGAAGCUGAUAAACUAGUUAAUUUAUUCUUUACAACAAUGCACCCCUUUUUCCCACAUAUACCAAAAUUCCUCCAUUCGCUGAAUGUUUUAGCUGGGUACCCGAUUUUACUAUGUGCUAUUUUAACCAUUUCAGCUCGAUAUCAUCCUUUUGAGGAUAAUAAGAGCAGACAUACUAAUGGCAACGUUCCCAGAAAUAUUGAGGUUCAUGAUCGACUUUGGUUGUAUGUGCAACGUUUAAUAUCUCAAACUGUUUGGGCCGAAGCAAGCACUCGAUCAAUUGGAACCAUUUUUGCGUUUUUGUUAUUCACCGAGUGGAAUCCAAGAGCUAUACAUUGGAGGUGGUCUGACUAUGCCAACAAAGCUGAAGAAAACGAAAACGAAACUAGUGCCGGUGGUAAUAAUAGUGGCGGUGUAGGUUUCUUAUCGUUGGCUGCCACAGCGGCUACAUUUUCUGGAAACAAUGCCGCUAGCGGCAAUAUUGGCACUGCAACUACUGGUAUUAAUAGUUACAACAAUAAUCUUGCCGGAUUGGGGGCAAUGAGGAGAAGUCAUCGAAUGGCAUGGAUGUUGAUUGGUAGUGCAGUUAGGCUAGCGCAGGAUAUGGGAUUUAUGGAAAUGAGCUCAAAAGUGCUCAUAGCUACGCAUGUUGCCGAGAUGAACUCUGUGAUGGACAUUUCAAGAAAAUCGAUGCUUGCUCAUUCAUUGUCUGAGAUUGAAUUUGACGAAGAUGAUAUUACUGAGGAAGCUAUGGAAUUAGUUGAGGAGGAUGAAGACGAUGAUUACAAUAUCAUGAAGUUGAGUGAGGAAGAAUUGAAAAAGAUUGCAAUUGAACAUAGGUUUAAGUUCACCAAGGCACAAAAAGCCCAAAUUGAAUUAUUGCAAAUCAUGUCAUUGGGUCAUGAAUCAUUUUAUGCGUACAAGACACAAUUGGGUCAAUUAUCGCAAAGACAAACGAUUUCAGUGUUGAAUAUAAUAAGUCCUCUUAUCAGCAACUGGAGUCGAAAGUAUAAACAGUUUUUGGUUCCUACAUCGGGUAAGAUAUCCAAGAAUGUUUCGGUGAAUUUUCAAAAUCAACUAUUAAAGCCAAAUACCAAACUUACCAAUGACAUAAGAGAUUCAAUCAAACAAGAGUCUUUUAUUUUAGAGUUCAAUUAUGUCAAAUUGUACAUUUAUUCGCUUGCACUAAAUCCAUCUCCAAGAGACACUAAAGAGACGCGAGCUAAUUCUCAACACUCUAUACGAAUGUCUUUAAAGAUGGAUGAAAUGUCCAAAUCAGCAAGAUUCAUACAGCAAGCAUUCAAUGCAGCAAAUGAAAUGUUGAAUGCAGCUCACAGGAUACAUAAAUUCAAAAUGUUGAGAUUCAUGCCUGUGAGAUGGCUCACGAGAAUUGUUCGCGCAGUAGCAUUUAUUGUCAAGUGUUAUCUCACUAUUACAGCACACAAAAGCUCAUUAUCACUGAAAGAGAUUGGAUCAAUAUCAAUUGGCAAAAGAACUGAAAUAUUUGAUCCAAUUAUAUUGUCUUUCAGCUUAAUUAGUAUUGAUGACAUUUCGCAAUCUAUUCAUCGUGCUGCUUUGACUUUAAGAGACUGUUCACCUGAUGAAUUGCAUUUGUGUACUAGGUAUUCAAAUGUCUUGAUGUAUUUAUAUUCAGAAAUGAAAAGUAAGAAAAAUGAAGGAAACGAGUUACACCAGGAGGCGUUUAUGCAACAGAAGAAACCAUCGGAACAUGAAACAGUUGUUGAUACAUCCGCGAGCCAAAACAUGCAACCGAAUGCCAAUGAAUACUUUUAUAAAAAUGGUCAAGAGUCAUUUCAACAACAAGAACAAGAACAACAACAGCAACAGCAACAACAACAACAGCAGCAACAACAACAACAACAACAGCAGCAACAACAACAACAACAACAUCAGCAACAACAGCAACAACAGCAGCAACAACAGCAGCAACAACAGCAACAGCAACAACAGCAGCAACAACAGCAACAACAACAGCACCAGCACCAGCACCAGCAAGAUAUACAGUUUGACCAAUCUCAAUCUCAACACAAAUCUUCUGCAGACAAUUUUACAUUCAUAGCGCAACCCGUGCAUCAUCAACAAUCCUUUAAUGAUACUUUUCCAUAUGGCCCUUACUUUAGACAUACUCCAAGCGAACCAGCGUCUGUAUCAUCUACGGGUACUGAGACGACUACAAAUGCUCCUAUUCGGACUACUUCCAACAAUAUGUCGACGGUUCGUAUGGAUGAAACAUUCAAUGAACCUGUGCAAACCGCCUUACCUGACAAGACAACUAAAGCAACACCACAAUUACAGAAUAUUUUUAGUAAUGAUGCUACAAGUAGUACUGGUGCUGGUACCACCGCGACUGGUGGAUUGGGUGAUAAUAGUGAGUUAAUGGAUUGGUUUAUAAAUAAUCGUACAAUUGGUUUGGAUUUUGUUGCUCCUUGGACUGAAAUGAUUGAACAGCACUUAGAUUUGAAUGAUCACUUUAACUUUUGA